UUAUAAACAAUUUAUCAGACUUAUACAUUCUUGUGUGAAAACAUGUGACCUCGGGAAUGGCGGAUAAUUUUAAACUUGGCACAGAUUCAUUGACACAGGGUAUGUGUGCACUGUAAUGUCAUAGUCAUAAAUGCUUCAAAACUGAUGAUAUAAUCAUCCUAUGUUAAGCAGCAACUUAAUAAAAUGGCAACAGAUAUUACAGUUGUAAAGAAUUCCAUUGUCAAAGAAGUGCCUGCAGGUUCCACUGCCGUUCUGAACUGUAACAGUAAUGAUUAUUCGCACAAUUUUAUGUUUUGGCUUCUCAAUAAAACAAAAGUGAUCGGCCCUGACAAUGACUUUGAUGAGAGGAAAUAUAAAUAUGAAGUUCUAUCUGGAAAACUACGGAUAAAUAAUGUAUCACCAAGUGAAUCUGGCCAGUAUGUGUGCCUGUCAAAACAUCUUGAAAGUUCAAAGAUCUCAGCUGGUGAAGUGGAGAUGAUAGUUAAAGGUUCAUCAUUUUCAGCAAUUGAUGCAGUUAAACUUGUUGCAAUUGUGGUCUCUAUCAUUGUCUUGAUUGGCUGUGCUAUAAUGUAUUAUCGCUUAAGAAAACAAUGGAGAAAGUAUGAUGGCCGGACAGUUGUACCAGUGGAUGAUGUUGAAGAUGAGGAUGGUGAUGAAAUUUACAACCGCACAACAAAGGCCAUCACUCCAGUGGCUGGGCCCAGCAGGAAUGUAUCGUCAGAACAUUUGUUAUAUGGCAUAGACAAUCAGGGCUUAGACACCGAUUUUAAUUCAGUAUUCGAAAAUAUCCAGAUAAAAACACCAAGUCCUAGUCUUAUAUAGAUUUAUAUCAAAAUUAUAAAGUUUUUAUUUUGAAUGACUAACAGUUUAAUAGCAUAAUAGUUGAAAUCUUCAGUUCAUUCAGGACUGCAAAAAU